CAACUAUAUAAAUGAGUUCAUAAUUCAUUUUUAUUUUUUGCAUUUGCAUUCAUGUUGUUUUGGUGCGAGUAAAUAGGUAAUUGAUUUUAUUUUGUUCUUAUCACUGAAGUAAAUAUUUAAGUAUACGAGCAUCAGCAUCUGUAAUCAAUGCCAUACAUUCUGAUCAGAGGUAAUCUGGCAUCAUACGGACACAAAAACCCCUGGCGAGUGUUGGUGUCCGGUUUGAAAGCGGGUGAUAUAGAACAGCUCAAACGAUUUGCCUGUGGUGGAUACUGUGACGACUCCACGAUUGUGUAUUUGCAACACCCUUGCGUAAUCCUGAGUGCUCUCGAAGUAUUGGGUUACAAAGUGGUUGCUUCUAGUUCAACAGCGGUUAAACAAGAUUAUAAUGAAUAUAUGUGGACUAUGAGAAAAGAGUUCUCAGAGCCGGAACCUUCAAUUAUUGUGGAACAAGAUAAUAUAACAAACUUUAGUAAGGAGGCUAUGCAUUUGGGUAAUUAUCAACAUUCGGGCAAAGACGACGAAGUUUAAAAACAAUAUCAUUUGCAUUUGAAAUCUAUUUGUUCAACUUUUUAUAUAUUUGGUAUAAUGGACUUAAAAGGAAGUCAAAAUUUACAAACAAGCAAUUUAGCUAACCUGCCACUAUCUGAAGAGGGUGUUGUAUACAUAGCUAUCAAGGGAUCUUUGCAUGCUAAUGAUUGUUCAGUAUUUGGACUGGGUGAUGAAGAAGUGAGAGCUCUUUCCAAAAAGUUUCCAGGAACUGGUGUUGUAGUUAAUGGAGUUGCCAUUAAAGCCAAUGUACUAGUAGCUAUGAAUUCUUUAGCUCAACUUGGCUA